AUGCCUAUCGUAAGACAAGCUCUCGGAAGCAGAUUCAUUGUGACAUCAACGAUUCGUAGGCUUCAGUCCACAGUGAAUAGUUCGCGAUUGAACUUAACUAAGUUAAAUAACACUGAUGGAGUGUCACCAAUAGAAAACCAACACAACGAGCAGGCCAAUGAGUAUACAAAUCAGUCUCAUGGAUUUACAAGACAAAAUAGAGCUGCUGCUCAUCCAGCUACAUUACUGAAAAAUAAGUUAACCAGUGAAUUGAGAAAGAACAAUAGUAGUCUACUUGAAAUAUUCAAUACUUUCAAAAUGGGAGUCAACGAAGUUUGUGAAGAAAAUGAUAACCCAGAAUAUUUCCAAAAGACUUUUGGUUUAAACAAACCACUAGCCGAUUUAUUAACUAAAUCAUCCAAUACCAACGAUGCUGAUAUUGAUCCAUAUCAAAUCUUAGAUACUAUGUGCCAAUUACAGGUUGCUAGAUCUGAACAUUUCGAAAUUGUUAUGGAUUAUUUCUUAAAAAAUGGGAAAUUUCAAGACAUUUUAGCAUUAUGGGUCAGAUAUUUACAAACUAUUACAGAAAAUCCAUACUCUUUAAAUAAUAAGGUGGAAUUUAAAACAGCGAAGGGGAAUAAUGCAUAUAUGAAUCCGCAUGCUAAAAAUUUGGCAAUUACUGCUGUUUCUUACAUUUUGUUACUUGAAAAUAAACCAAGUUUGGAAACUUUAUAUGAUCUUUUAAGAUUAGAUAAAAGUUUGGGUCAAAAAAUUCCAUUUACUUCAAUGAAGGAAGUUAUUGAUAGAGAAUUACCAGAACAGUAUAAAGUAACUGCCUCCGAGGGAUUCAAUGUUCUGCUUAAGAUUUUCAGCAAAUCAGAUAAGGAAUGGUUUCUACGUCAUAUUGACAAUAGUUUACAAGUUAAAAAAAUCGAUGAUCUCUACCAUUCAUAUACAUAUGUCAAAGAAGAUUUAGAUGCUGACAUUUUAACGAGGUUCAUGGAUAAAUAUACUGCAUUCAAUCAAUUUGAUAAAACUAUUAGUAUUUUUAAUGAAUUAAAAGACCAAUUUAAAGAUAAUAAAAGUUUCCAAAACCGUUUACUUAUAGCAGUUGGUCGUUUAGACAGUAAUAUCAAUAACGUUACUAGCACAAAUAAAUUAAAUAGAGUCCUAGCAGUUUGGAACAGCAUAGUGAAACCAAGUAAUCCGGAUGCUUCCUCCUAUGCUGCCCUAAUUACAGCUUUGAAUGAUUCUGGGAAUUUUGAACAUUUUAAAACAGUUUGGAGUAGGGAUAUUCCAGAGAAUAUUAAGGAAAAUAGCGAAGUUAAAGAAGCGUAUCUAUUAUCAUUAUUAAAAUCGAAAAACGUGUCAUACAAAGAAAUCAAAGAUAAGAUUCCUGAAAACAUUAACUCGCUUGAGUUGAUUAAUGCAGUUUUAAUUAGUAUUGUACUUGAUGCAGAAGUCACAAGAGAUCAAUUUAAAGAAUUUUAUUCCAAACGUAUUAGACAUGAACAAGAUGCCACUACAAAGAAAAUAUCAAAUAUUCAAACUACUGCUAUAAAAAUGUAUGCCGAUUAUAAAUACUAUGAGCAUCCGGAGAAUUUCCAAUUUGAGCUUCCUUUGAGAGAUUUUAAUAAAUCGUUAGCUAUCAUCGAAGAAUUUCUUAGAGUUGCUCCAACAUUACAGUCAAUCGAACUACUAUAUGAACAAACUAAGGAACCAUUUGACAAGAGAAGGUUCAAAGCAUUUGCGAAGGCUACGUUUUUGAAAAAUGAUAUUGAUAUUGAUUUUUCUGAAAAAAUAUUUAGAGAUUUUGUAAAGGGAGCCAAAUCAAGAGAGUUAAGGAGUGAAGGUUUCCAAAAUAUGGUGGAAACAAUGAUUGACGGAUUUUGUUUCAUAAUAAGAAGAAAUAGAGAUUCCUCUAUAUUAUUGAAAAUAGAUACUUAUUGCCAACUGGCUGAAAAUUUAAACAUUCAACUAGGGAAUAGAACGUUAACUAGGUUACUAAGAACACUGGCAAACUUAUCCAAAAAUAGAGCUACUAAAUUUACAGAAGAGGAAUCUAAAUUUAUUGAAAACUUUUUAAAUUCACUGGAAAAGAAUGAUUCAUACGUUCCCUCUAGAAGUGAUAUUCAUGCCAUCAAGAAAUUUGGCUUAGAACCUCGCUAG